AACAAAAAAAUAUUUUUGGUUUGGAAGCCAUGCCAUGCCAUGCCAUCCACUUACGUUACGCGUGGUCGCGUUGUUAUUAAAACGUCGGAGAGCAUAACUAUAUGGCCUUAAUAAAAUGAGACGGAAUUGCAUGAUAAAGUAUGAAGAGAAUGGAAUUGGAACGUAUUUUAGGCGGCCAGAUUUUAUUUCUUGGCUGCUUCAUUCUAGGAUACCACACCGACAAUAUGGAUUCUGCAUUCGCUCAAAAGUAUUUACAAAUAAUAGCUUCCAUAAUAGCCAAUCUACUGGCAAGCCAGGGCUUUGAACUAGCCUGUAUUGCCAUUUGCACUGCAGUAAAGAGUAAGAAGCUGCCUGUGCUCAAGCUAAAGGAAAAGUACAAACUCUCCCUGUAUGUGCUGCUGUUGACUAUACCCAUCACAGUGUACUGUGGCCACUCAUUACAAAGAGAAGAGUUCCUGAUGAUAUGGGUUGCUUAUGCUACAGUCAGAUAUUUACAAUUGAAGUGCCAACCGGCAACAAUAACAUAUGGUGAGGCGCUGGCGUGUAGUUUCGCAGAAGGCUACCUGUUCCAAGUGAUUCCUCCUGGUGGCGACUACGAGGGAUUGGUGGAAGCUAUAAGGGCUGGUGCGAUGUCCCGGCGCGCGGUGUUUCCAGUGCGGCGGCUGUUGGUGGUGUUCCCGCGCUCCCUGCACUGCCCGCGCAGCCUGGAAACCUUCAACAAGAACGAUGAACGCCUGCCGCGCUUGGAGCAAUGCACUAGCCUUCCUGAUAUCAGUCGCGACGUGGCAGGCGUGCGUAACCGCGUGUACCGCAACACGGUGUACAAGAUCCGGCGGCACCCGACCGACCCGCGGCCCGUGCAUGUGGUCUGCGCCACUCCCAUCAACACGCUGUGGAUGGUGCUACAGAAGCGAGCCGUUUACACGCCGAUGGCGAAGGCGGACGAGGAAGAAAUCGCAGCGUCUUUCUGCGCCACGCUGCCGAGCAUCAUCCGCAACAGUCCCGAGCUGCGCGACAAGUGCGACCUGGUGUACUAUGACGAUCUACAUUCGAUUCUCAUCUGAGUGAACUGCGUCGUGGAUAUUCACCGGCCAAUUGUCUUCAUAAAGCACGUGCCUUCCUAAACCUUGACGUUGGCGGAAUCAUCGACAAUAUCGAUGGAGCCAUAAUACCCAAAGAUUGAUUGAUUGAUUGAUACGUAUAGUUAUGUUUAUUCUAGUUUUUUGUUUUUGCGCUUUUCCGUUUUUACGCACUGUUUUUGUCACUUUUAGUUUGUGAUUUAAUUGUCACUAAUUAUCUUUCACUCUUAUAAAUUUCGGUAUUUCGCCAUCGCCUCCUACCUAUGCUGCCAUAACCCGACCAUGAAAAAAAAACCCGGUCAGUGAUAAGGACAAAGCAUGGCACUAUUUUCUCUUUCCUCUUAUAGAAAUCGCAAUAAGACUAUCUUUCUCUAUCAAAGAGUGUCAGGCCCUUGACUUAGCCAUACCCUGAAGUUAACGGAGUUUAAAAAACACUGUUUAGGUAUUAUGAAAGAGCUAUGAUUCAAAAUCAAUGUUGAGAUAGGAAUAUGAAUAAUUAUGUACCGUAAUACUAAUAACCCAAACAUAAUAAUAAUGGCAUAAUGGUAAUGUUGGUGGUGGUAAAACAUAUUUUUAACAAUCACAAUUGUAAUGUGUAUGAGGAAAUGUACUAAACCUGAGAAUAAUUACAUGAAAAAAAUUACAAAAUUAAUUCCUUAAACCGCUACUGUGUUCUUGUAUCUUUGCAAGCCAUCAUAUGUAGCUCAAGCUCAAUAAAUAAAAACUAUUAGCAUCAUAAUUUAUUUACAGAAACUAGUAACAUAGUUUAGUUAAAGUUUAAGAGUAGGGUAGGGUAGGAAACAGUGGCUCAGCUCGAAUAGUGGCUCAGUCGCCCAAAUAUCGCCUCUUUCAUGU